UCCCACCCCCCCCCCUCAACCCAACCCAACCCUCGAUUGGUUGCAUCGCGGCUCGUCAUAUAUAUCAUAAAAACCUCAAUCCCCCUCCACCCCCCUCCAAGAUGUUCAGAACCCCCAGUGCUUUCACUCCGAUCCUCCGACUCUCACGCGCAAUUCAUCCAAUCCAACACCAAUUCCACCAGACCAAAAGCUUCACCACCACCCGAGCAGCCAUGGGUUUCACAAAGGAGAUACUCGCCGAGGGCGACAAAGAGAACUUCCCCCAGGAAGGGGACAAAGUCACCAUGCACUACGUCGGAACUCUCGAAGACGGAAAGAAAUUCGACUCCUCUCGCGAUCGCGGAACGCCCUUCGGCACCAUCAUCGGAAGGGGCAAGGUCAUCAGAGGUUGGGAUGAGGGUGUUCCCACUAUGUCCUUGGGCGAAAUAGCCGUACUCAACAUCACUGGUGACUACGGAUAUGCUGAGAAAGGAUUCCCAGGCUUGAUCCCGCCGAAUUCAACACUCAUCUUUGAGAUCGAACUUCUUUCAAUCAAUGACAAGAAGAAGCCGACGUAGGUUUAUGCAGCCUGCGAGGAAGCAUUUCCCACACAGCACACACGCCGCUAACUUGUCCGGUGAACAGCGACACCGAGACCCCGAAGAAAGAU